UUACAUGGUUGCUAGUGUCAAUUGAGUCCUUGUGGAAGAAUCCACGCGCCAUUUUUACAAAUUUAAACAAAGACGACCGGUCGAUUUAUCGCUGGAAAAAAAUCGCUUUUACAAUGAAUUCCACAGAAAACAAAACAGACAUUGCUACCCAGAAAGCUAGAGAAAGUCUACAGGAAAAAGAAAAGGGGUCUGGAGACUUAAAAUCUGAAACAAGUCCACAUAAAAGAACUGCAUCAGAAGUUAAUAGUACAGAGGAUGUGGAAGGGAAACAGAAGUUAUUAAAGACUGACCACAAAGAAAAAGAAAAUGGUGAAACAGAAGAUAAAUUAGAAGAAGAAGAAGAAGAAGCUGAUGAAGAAGAUGAAGAAUUUCCUCUAGGAGAGGGAGAAGACUUUGAUGAAGAUGGAGUUGAUGAAGAGGAUGAUGAAGAUGGAGAUGAUGAUGCAUAAAUUAGUGUGGUUGUGUUGCCCAUCAGUGUAUGUAGGCAGGAUGGGGGCGGGGGUAAUUCAGUUAAGCUAGAUUUUAAAUAAUUCAUGUUAUUAUAAGGAAUUACAAAUAGACAGAUCACCAUACCUCACAGAUAAAAAACAUUCAUUGUAAUUUUUCUGAAGAACAUAGUUCAUCACAAUGGUUAUUAUUUUGAUUUAUUAGUGAAGGUGUUACAAUCUGUUUUCAUCUGUCAUCUUUCAUCGACCACUGAUUGAGUUACAGUUGGGAUUUAUCUACAUAUAACAUACUGUUGAGAGUAUGCAGUUGUUUUCAACUUAAUGGUUUUGUGUUAUCAUUUGUAUAUAUCAUUCCAUUGGAAAGUAAAUUGGCUAUUCUGUAAAUUGUUAGCUGUUUUAAUAAGAAAGUUUCUGUGUCCAUUUCAGUAUGAGGUAUUUUUAAUUAAAUUGGUAUUACAGUUCAAAAAAGUAAUGAUACAAAUUGGCAUCUCGACUGCUUCUAUGUCUGUUGUAUACCAACAAGUGUGCUGGGCCAUGGUAUUGAUGAAAGGCCUCAUUGACAUAUUGUUGCCGCCUUUACUUUCACUCAAAAGUUCUUAUAAUAGUUAUAUGUUUUGUAGUUAUUACAUUUUGUCAGUGUAUGAAAUUUCACUUUACUAAUGUACACUUGUAUUACUGUACAUCAGUUUGAGAUGUGGAUGAUAUUGAUGUACUUAGUCCUCACACUUGAUUGUAAGAAUACAACUGGAUGUGUUUGAGAGAGUUAUGAGACUUUUUGAUGAGAAAUUGAAGUAAGGUUGGUUGUGUGUCUGUUUUUAUUGUUUAUACAAUACUUACAAUGUUAAGCUGUUUACCAUUUUUUAUUGAUUAUAUGAAGGGUAAAUUUUAUUUGAGCCUUUUCCAGUUUUGGACUAACUGAAAGCAAUCUAUAUUGAUAUUUUUAAUGUGAAUUAACCAUCCUUUGUUGAAGAGACAAGAUUGUUUUGAUUCUUUUUACCAAAUGUUAUAAUGUUUCAUUUUCUUAUAAAUUGACAGUUUUUAUUGUUCUGUAGCCACUACAGGUUCAUGUAGGGAAGGCCAAAUAAAUUGGAUUAGUAAAAUUUGUA